UGAUCAUGCUUAUUAGCCUGACCUCUAACAGUAGGUCUGCUUCUUAGACUUUUCCCUCUUGGCAAUCGCUCACAGAAUUGUCUAAGAGGUGGUAGAAACCUGUUCUACGGAGUCUAACUUCAACCCGAAGCUACACAGAGGUAGAUAAAGAAGACUGAUAGAAAUUAUGACGACCACUACUCAGCGUCUCGUAGAUUAUUACCACUGGGCCAUCGACAACGGUGAUCCAAAAACUGAAGAAUGGCCACUUGUCGCCACACCUUGGCCGACCAUCUCUUUAGUGGCGAUGUAUCUCUUCAUCGUGAAGGUCGGACCCAAAGUGAUGGAGAAGAGGGAGGCCUACAGUCUGAGAGAAGUUCUCAUAGUUUACAACUUUGCACUUGUGCUACUGUCCGGAUGGAUGGUGUAUGAAUUCAUUGCCUCUGUUCUGGAUAUUCCCAACUUUAAUCUUCUCUGUGAUUCAGUGCCUUACGUACGUGACGAUGCAAGACAAAACCGGCUGGCUCGAGUUUGCUAUGUAUAUUGGCUGUCAAAGUUUUUGGAAUAUCUUGAUACUUUUUUCUUCAUUCUCCGCAAGAAGAAUAACCAAGUGACAUUCUUGCACGUGUAUCAUCACGCCAGCAUGUGUGUGCUCUGGUGGAUGGUUUGCAAAUGGAUACCCGGUGGUGUCUCUUACUUUGGUGCAACAUGCAAUAGCUUUGUUCACGUGAUCAUGUAUGCUUAUUAUGGUUUGUCUGCGAUCGGUCCUCAAAUGCGGCCUUACCUUUGGUGGAAGCGUUACAUCACAAGGCUUCAACUGAUCCAAUUCUUGAUCGUUAUCUUCCACACUUCCAAUGCUAUUCGAAUAAAUUGUGGAUUCCUGAAUGGUUAUUUGUGGCUACAGUCUGGCUACAUGUGCUCUCUCUGUGCCUUCUUCCUCAACUUCUACAACAAAGCAUAUGUAGCAAGUAAAAAAGAAGAAUGAAGCUUAGACCUCGUGAAUAUACCGUAAACUGCCGUAUUUAAGCCCUGGGCUCAACUUCGUAAGGGGCUAUUAAAGGGUUAAUAAACGAAGGGGCUUAUUUCCGAGGGGGCUUAUAUCGUUGGGGAAAUAGGAAACCGAAAUAGAGAAAGGACGUCGAAACGAGCCAUAGGGGUGCUGAUCAAAGUAAGUUUUGUCUUUCCUGGUUUUUAGUUAAACUUCAAAACGUCGUGAUAAACCGAAUUCAUUUCAAUACUUUUGGAACACAAUUAACACUAACAACACGAACUGUCAAAACUGGAACAUUAGUAAACGGAAGUUCAGAUUUUUCUUUCGAAGCUCGCGUUUGAUAAUUGAAAAGAAGUAGUAAACUCAUUGCUCCGCAAUGAUUUUCAAAAUGUUCUGUUUGAUAGAAGUAUAGAGUUCCUGUGUCUCAAAACAAGAAAAGUUAGAGGGGAGCUUAUAUCCGGGGGGCUUCUACUCGGAUUUAUCUUUUUGUUUACAGUUAGAUGAGCGGGGUGGGGGGGGGCCUCAUAAGCGGAAGUUUACGGCGGGUAGCUUUUGCGAAAAACUUUCUUUUUAAGGAUGAAACAACUUCUCUAUCACAUUAGACCUCAAAUGUUUCGUCGGGCGAAAUCAUAGUCACAUGCUAUAUAUUCCAGGGGGGUUUGUUAUCGUUUCGCUUUAUUCUAUGAUUCCGUGUACUAAAAUGGUUCAGUUAAGUUACAAAUUUGCUCUUUUAUUAUCUAUGUUUUGAUCCAACAUUUCCAAAAUUAAUCUUUUUAGAGGCUGAGACGACGCGUGGAGUUUCUUUUUUCGUCUCAUUUACUUUCUUCUCUGAAAUUAAAAAUGGGUUCCAUUAGUAAAAGCUGGGAAAGGUAAAAAGCGUCUUAGGUUAUUGUGAAAGAAAUCUACACCUAGAAGAUUGUAAUCAUUCAAAGGAGUUAACAGGAAGUAAACUGAUCAAGUACUUUAAGUUAUUACCUAAAUGACAUACUAAUAUAAAAUAAGUCUAUUGUCGCUGCUCGAUGAUAACUGAUUUGGUUACCUUUCGCACUUGUGAUACACGUAUUUACCACAGCCUUCAUUCUUGGAAAAUAUUUAGGAAGGUUAGCUAAUAAAAUUUAUACGUAUCGAGUUGUAUGCUCUUAAUCGAGCGUGGAUAUAUGUGUGUGUGUGUGUGUGUGUGUGUGUGUUUUCUUUUUCACAGUACAUUUAUUAUCAGAUAAUUCUGGAUUUUGUUCUUUAGUUCAUCAAGUUAUUUACAAUUGGGCAGUGCCUUCUAGAAAAUAUCUAGUCAUUUUAUUACUGAUCGAAUUAGAUCGACAAACGUAUAUAUUAGUGCUGAUUAUGAAAUCGGAAAUGUAAUAAAUCUAAGUUAUCUUAAGUUAGAAAUGUUACUAUUAAUUACUCUUAAUUUAUUAUUUGAAAUGUUAUUUUAUGUAGAUGUAAUUUUUGCUUAAUUAUUGAUGAAAUAUAAUAGUAUUUACAAAAACAGUGGAUAGCUAUUCACCUCCGGGCAACGCGCGCGGGAUUUUCGCCUUAAAAUAAUGUACCCUUUGCAGGAAUUUACGAGUUAAAAUCAUCUUUUUGUGCUCUGUUAUCUCACUGUUUUAGUAUAGACUAAAGCAACUAUUCACCAAAUUGUCGGUGGCUAGCGGUAGUUAUUUAGCCACCACUACUUCCCUCCACUUCAGUGAAUACUUGUUAAUUAUUUGAAAUAUGAUUAAAAUUAUUUUCAUUAACUUUUUGUAAAGAACGAGUACAGCAGUUAUUAAAUAAUAGAUGUUAUUUUUUCA